AAAAUUAUAUGUAAAUUAGGGAGAUUUUUUGAGGAGAAAUAAGGCUAUAUUUCAAUGAAAUACGACGAAAUACCUGAGGAUACAAAUGAGUUUUCUGAUCCGGGUGUUUUUUUUGCUUUUUACCAGAGGAUUUUUCCGUUCAAAUAUGUUUUUCAGUGGCUAAAUAGAUCUCCUGUCCCUUCUAAAUCAUUUUUAAAUAGGGAGAUUGCUUUUACUUUACAAAAUGAUGCAUAUUUGCGCUACAAUUCGUUUCCUACAUAUGAAGCGUUUCGUAAAGAAGUUUUAAGAUUAAAUCCGUCUAGAUUCGAGAUAGGACCUAUUUACAACGCAAAUCCUAGAGAUCGUAAGACUUUAAGGAAGUUUAUGUUUAAACCUCUUGAAAAAGAGCUUGUUUUUGAUAUUGAUUUGACCGACUAUGAUGAUGUGCGAACAUGUUGUUCAAAAACAGAUAUUUGUUUAAAAUGUUGGGGGUUUAUUACGGCUUCAAUAAAGGUUAUUGACUCUACAUUAAGGGAUGAUUUUGGAUUUGAAUAUAUUUUGUGGGUUUAUUCAGGAAGACGAGGUGUACAUGCAUGGGUUUGUGACAAAAAGGCACGUGAACUGAAUGAUCAAAAACGUAAAGCAAUUGCAGCAUAUCUUGAAGUUUCAAGGGGAGGUAUAGGAUAUGGAAAAAAAGUGGAAUUUAAGAGGCCUCUUCAUCCUUCUAUAAGUAGAAGUCUCCAUAUUUUGAAAGAAAGUUUCCGCUCGAAUAUUCUUAUUUCUCAAAAUCCUUGGGAAAGCGAUGAGGGAUCGGAAAAAUUGCUUGAAUUUAUCACUGAUCAUGACCUUAAAGAAACGCUUCGUGAGAAAUGGAAGUCCCAACCAAUGAGAUCUAGUUAUAAUAAAUGGCAUGAUAUUGAUGUAGUAGCUGAAAGCGGUGUUUCAAAGAAUCUUGAUACAAAAGCAUUAUUAACAGCAAAGCAGGAUAUAAUUUUAGAAUAUAUGUAUCCAAGGCUUGAUACUGAGGUUUCUAAACACUUAAAUCAUCUUUUGAAAUCACCAUUUUGUAUACAUCCUGGAACAGGGAGGAUAUGCGUGCCUAUUGAUUCCAGCUGUUUUGAAAAGUUUAAUCCUUUUGAAGUGCCUACUGUUACUCAGUUAUUGAAUGAAAUUGACGCAUGGGACAAAGAACAUAAAGAAAGUCUAGAAAUAUCAGAAAAACAAGAGCAAAUUCAAGACUAUGAAAAGACUUCUUUAAAGCCUUAUAUAGAAUAUUUUAAAAAAUUUACUUCUCUUAUCAUGAAAGAUGAAGCAAUUAAUAAAAAGGAAUUAGAUAAAAGCGAAGGAUCUGUUAUGCUUGAUUUUUGAUGUAUCCUUAUAAGAAGUAUAUAGUUGUUUCUUUCAAAUA